AGAAGAAGAAGAUCAAGAGGUGUUGGGUUGUGUUUUUAUUAUGGUACCUUCCUUCAACCACAAACUCUCUCUCUCUCCACCACUCAUUCAUCUCUUUCUCUCUCUUCCCCACCCUUUCCUUAUCAUCUCAAUCUCAUCACCAUGACCAUCAUCUUCUUAUUCUUCUUCUCUUCAAUCUCCAAUCCAUGAAAAACCCAUCAUUCUUUUUUUUCUCUCCCUCACAUGUAUCAACCUUUCUCUUAAACAAAAUGACCCAUAUGUGAGAACAACCACCAAAGAAAAGGUCAAGGGCUACACCUUUAUUUCAUCGAUUUCACAUAUUUUUUGCACCCUCUUCAACAGGUUUGAUUAUCUGGGUCAUCUUAGAAUUUGAAAAAGAUUCAACCUUUGAAGAUGGGUAGGAGAGCCACCCCGGCGGCUGCGGCGGCGGCCGGACUCGACGCACCCGGUUCGAAGCCGGUUUUUUUCAAAGAGCCGAGAUACCGGGGCGUGAGAAAAAGACCGUGGGGCCGGUUCGCCGCUGAGAUCAGAGACCCUUUGAAGAAGGCCAGGGUGUGGCUUGGCACAUUCGACACCGCCGAGGAGGCGGCGCGUGCAUAUGACACCGCCGCCAGAACCCUCAGGGGACCCAAGGCAAAAACCAAUUUCCCUCUCUCACCACCUUUUUACCAUAAUGACGCCGUGGAUCCAUUCGCCGAUCACCGGUUCUACGUCGCCGCCGCUUCCGCCGCCGCCGAAGGCUUUCAGGAUCACCGGAGACCUACCUCCAGCGGCAUGAGCAGCACCGUUGAAUCCUUCAGCGGUCCUCGCCCUGCAGGUCCGCCGGCGCCGCCGUUAGCCGCCUCCCGGAGAUACCCCAGGACCCCGCCCGUCGUCCCCGAGGACUGCCGCAGCGACUGCGACUCGUCGUCGUCGGUAGUCGACGACGGAGACGGUGACAACGUGGCUUCCUCGUCGUCUCGCCGUCAGCCGUUGCCGUUUGAUCUCAACGCGCCGCCGUUGGAUGAUGCUGAUGAGGCGGCGUACGGAGGCGGGGAUGACCUCCACUGCACCGUUCUCUGCCUCUGAAUGAAUGAAUGGAUCAAAUGAUGUGUUGGUUCGUCGAAGAAAUUAUUAAUUUUUUUUUUUUUACCUCUUUCCACUUUGAAUUUUUUGUCCUUUCUUUUUUUUCCCCUUUUUUUUAUUAUGCGGAAAAAAAUGAAAUGAAAAUGAAAAUCAUGAUUGAUGAUCAGUCAUAAGAUUAUGCUAAUAUGAUCUUAAUUUCUGUGAGAGUAAUUAUUCUGUCAUGGUGUAUGAAAAAGGGUAUUAUUGCUCCUUUUUUUUUUAGUUUUUUCUCCGAAAUUAUUAAGGUGAUGAGAAACAAGAAAGUGAAAAGUAUAAUUAUCUUUUUGUUUUAAGAUCUAUGGAUUUGGAUUUAUCCAAUGUGGGUUUGCAUUAUUCACUUUGCUUACGCAGAUCAUUAUCUGUAUCUGUCUGUUUGCAUAAUACAAGUUAACAAC